AUGAAAACGUCUCUCUAUUGGGGCCCAGUGAUAUGGGCUUGCAUGGGACUCGUUUCCUGCAUUUCUGCCGACGGACAGUUUGUGUCCCGACCCGACCUGUCGCCGCCACGCCUCAACAUCACGAUCCCGGCUACCGAAGAUGUCGGCGAUGGCUAUAUUUUUGUGUGCCCCUACGGCGGCUUCAAGAGCGGCACCGGCUUCGACGGGCCGGAGCAACCUGCCUGCUACAUCUUCCGCGACGACGGCGAUUUAGUGUGGUCCAGCCUGGGGCAUCUGUCGGGCUGGGUGGCCAACAUACAAGCGCGCAGCUUCCGGGGCAAGCCGGCCAUUACAGUUUACCAAGGCGCGAUUGAUGAAUUUCGCGGCCACGGCUGGGGACAGGCCACGAUUCUCAACGAGCGCUAUGAGAAUGUUGCCACGAUUCGGGCGGGGAACCACAAGAUCAUGUCCAUUCACGAAUUCAACCUCUUGGAGAGCAAUUCGGCGCUGGUGGAAAUUUACCAGCCGACACCGAUUGAUCUGACGCGGUUCAAUGGCAAAAAAGGUGCGAAGUGGAUUGUCGAUGCCAUGUUCCAAGAAAUUGAUGUAGACACUGGCGAUGUGCUAUUCGAGUGGAGCAGCCUGGACCAUGUAUCACCAACAGAGAGCGUCAUUUCGCUGUCCUCUGGUUAUGCCGGCGGCGGACUGAACUCGACAGAUGCUUGGGACUAUUUCCAUCUCAACAGUGUUGAGAAGGACCACCACGGCGACUACCUAAUCUCUGGCCGCCAUACUUCAACAGUGUACAAAAUCGACGGUAAAACGGGGGAAAUAAUCUGGCGGCUAGGCGGGCGCAAUUCUAACUUCAGCGUUCCGUCAGAGACUGCGUUCGGUUUCCAACACGAUGCUCGGUACUUGGCCGAUCAGCCCAGCGACGCCCACAUCCACUACAUAUCGCUCUUUGACAACGCUGCACGAUCGAAGGGACACCAGGGAAAUGACACCGAUUCGGUGCACGAAAGGUCAAGCGCCAAAAUUUUACGACUGGACACGAAGACCUGGCAAGCGUCCGUGGUCAAGUCGGUGUCGUCCCCAGACGGUCUCCUCGCCCUGUCGCAGGGCAACGCCCAGACGCUGAGCAACUCGAACAUCUUUGUUGGAUGGGGCCAGGCCGGCGCCGUGACGGAGUUCCGCGAGAGAGACGACAAGCCCAUCUUUCAUGCGUACCUGGACUCAGGCGACAUUGGCUACGGUGUGCAAAGCUAUCGCGCCUUCCGGUUUCCUUGGAAAGGAUACCCGCAGGAGACCCCCGCCAUUGUGGCCUUGCUUGAUGAGAGCCAUAGCGGUGGAACGUCGGUCCAUAUAUCGUGGAACGGAGACACGGAAACGGCGACUUGGAAGGUGUAUGCAACGUCGCCAUCAUGUACUUCCUCCAGCUGGAAGUGGUGGUCUUGUCAAGCUCGGCUGCUGCAGGAAGCAAAGCGUGCAGGUUUUGAAACUGUGGUUCAUGUAGCAGAUGAGGCUGUUGCUUCCGGGCUGUCGACUGUGUAUGCAGAGGCUUUUAAUGCCGAGGGCCAUCGACUCGUCAAGACAGCAGCCGUCACUGCCUCGCGUCGUCUUCGAACGUACAAUAGCCACAGCGCACAGGAACAGCAGAUUAUGGUUAUGGAUGAGCUGAGAUAA